AUGAAGCGCCCCCGUCUGACAGACAAAGGCACCGGCGCCGGAUUCGGGCCCAUGUACAACUUUAUGCGCUUCACCGGGGAAUGUUGCAAUUGGGCCUUCUACCGCAACGUCGCCGUCGUCGGCGGCGAGGAUAUACCGCAGUCUGGAGCCGUCAUCCUCGUCUCGACGCACUUUGCAACGCUGAUGGACACCAGCCUGCUAAGUGAACACAUGCCGCACAGGAGAAAGCUGCAUUACUGGGCAAAACGUGGGUUAUACAGGCACCCGGUCGCCUCGUACAUCUUGAACAACUCGGGCAACAUCCAAGUCGAUCGCCAUACAAAGGAUAACCAGGCGCUUUUCCAAGGUACAUUUGAAGCGCUGCAAGCAGGCGAAUGCAUCGCUCUCUUCCCCGAAGGCGGCUCCUUCACCGAGCCUCACCUGCACUCGAUGAAGGCAGGCGCAGCAUGGGCCGCACUCGAAUACUCCAAGAAACUCCAGCUGAGCCGCGAGAAGAACGCAGAGCACACUGAUGUGACCAUAAUCACCGCCGGCAUCAACUUCACGGACAAGUCGCGCUACCGGAGCAGCGCCUGCCUCGACUGGGGGCCAGUUUUUAGCGUGGACGAGUUCACGCCAGAUUUCCUCAGCGCCGGAUCGAGCAGCGAGCCGAGUGCAAAGGAGGCGGUCUGGAAGCUGACAGAGCACAUUGGCGAACAGCUAAGGAAACUCUCGAUCAACGCGCCGGAAUGGGUCACUUGGCAUGCGAUGAAGGUCGCGCGCGAGCUCAUUUGGGAAAGCGAUGACGAGCUUCCGAUGCGCAAAUUGCGCAUUAUCUCCAACGAUCUCAUCACGAUCCUAGCACCACCACAGCACGUCUCGUCCUCUGCGACAGAGACGCCCGAAAGCAGCAGCCCGACGCUGAUGAACUCGUCGUCAGCCGGCACAAUGCAUGGUAACGCUGGUAGUGGCGGCGUUGAGAAGUUCACCGAUGCCUUCUCCUCGCGCAACCCUGCCUGCGCACUGGAGGAGACGCAGCACGCGCGUGACUUGCUCUCCGAGCUCUCCGCCGUCUCGGUCGGCUGCUCAACGGACAUGUUUACGCUGAACAAACUUGCCAACGACCUGACGCGACGCGGCCAUGCUGCCGACGGCAGCCUGCCGCCCGCGUGGCUCGCUGCAAAAAUCGUCGUCAGCCAUACGAUGGGCUUGCUGCUCCGCGCGCCCUACCUCGCGCCCAUCUUUGCACUGCACGCCGUACCCUAUAUCAUCGCUAAUUAUUGCAGCAUAAAGUAUGCCAGUCACGAGGAGGAGAGCAUGGCAAGCGCAAAGUCACUAGUUGGCUACGGCUUCACCAGCAUCAUGUACGGCCUCUACAUUCUCUUCUUCUGGCUGCUAUUCCUGUUCAACCCCGUCGGCUUGCUCGUCGGCUUUAUCUUCGUCUACUCACUCAUGCACCUGCACCACGCCGUCAUUGACGACACGUAUGACCGCGUCAAACUGCUGCUCGCGUCUGUGCGCCUGCUUACCGCUUCGCUCGGCGGGGAGAGCUGGCAGCUGGACAUGGGCGACCCGCGCGUGCGCCAUGCGAUCGACACCGUCCGCGCCGGUGCGCCGAUACAGGACACGAUCAACCUGCGCAAGCAGCGCGGCAAGAAGGGCAAGAAGGAGCGCCCCUGGCGUGCGCGCCUGCUCGGCGUCGCGCUCAAGAUGCGCCAGGACACGCGCAGUGCACUCAAGGACGCUCUCGACGCCGUUGAGCGCCAUGGCUCUCCCGAGCAGAGGGAUGCACUGGCGCGCCUCAAGAAGUGUGCCGGCCAUGAGCGCCUCGAGCUCCAGGACGCUGGGCGCCAAACGCAGACGCAGCGCAUUCGCCAGCGUCUCUCCAAGCUAUCCCGUUGGCGGUCGGCAAAUGGUGUCCCGCGGUAUCGCAACCGCAACAGGAAAUCUAUCAAGGAGAAUGAGGAUUGA